CCGAUCCUUGUAACCCAGGCCGGGCAUCGUCUUAAGAUUAUUCAGUAGUUUCUAUACCAGCGGACAGUUAGGUCGUGAGACAAGUUACUCUUCUCAACUCCUUGUUUUUAUCCUAUGAUUUGAAUAAACCUGAAACCAAGAGACUGAAGGAUGCAGGUGAUUCCUAGCUCACCCUUCCUCCCAACCCUGCUCCACCAGCAAUACCUAGCUAGGGGUAGACUUAUGGCCCUCCCACAACCAAACCCAGCCACGCCUCCAUCCAGCGAGGACAACAUGUCUCCACCUCCAGCUUUAGACUUUAGAACCGAUGAAGAGGACAAACAGACGAGCUACGACCAGAACCGAGCUCGAGAUUUCAAGUGCCCUCUCUGCUCCGAGAACAUGACAAGCUUGAAGGAGUUUACGUCCCAUCUCCGGGGACAUAAUGAAGCUAAACCUACUAAUGAUCCUGCUGAUCCUACAGGUCAGACCAAGGUGUACAACUGCUGUCUGUGUGGGAAGAUGUUGUCCUCCUUCAGCUCCUUGGACAGGCACAUGUUGGUCCACUCAGGGGAGAGACCAUUCUCAUGUGAGGUCUGUGCACAGACCUUCACCACAAACGGUAACAUGCAUAGACACAGAAGAACCCAUAAUGUACGAGAUUCCUGUGAGAGCGAUGGUUCUGCCGGCUCAGGGACUAAGCGAGCACGAAAGAGGAAAGCUGCGGCUCCUCCGGUAGGACAGGACGGACUCCAGAGUAAGAUAAGUGUUGAUGAAUCCAAGUAUUCUCUGCUGAAUUGUCCGAUAUGUCCUGAGAAGUUCUACAGUGAUAUAUCUCUAGAUGUUCACAUGAUCUCUCUGCACCCAGGACGGGAUGUAAAGUGUGAGGAGUGUGGACACCCCUGUCCGUCCUACAACUAUUAUAAACUCCAUAGAAACAUGUUUCAUUUCAACCUGGGUUCCACUCCGGUCCAUUCUUUCCCAGGAUCUCUGAUCCAAACCCCGUAUACAGGAAACCUUCAGGUUCUGAUCAACCCUACAGAGACAGGACGUCAACCUUCACUGCUCCUCCCCACACCCUUCUCACCUGUUAAAGAGGAAGAGAGGGAUUCCUUAUCUAACUCAGACAUCCACAAUACUUCCUUCUGCUCGGAGACUGGGACUGGUCAGGAUGAUGAUCCUGCGCUCAAGGAGAUGAAAUUAAAGGGAGAGUUCCCCUGCAGACACUGCACAGCUGUCUUCCCCAACCUCAGAGCUUUAAAGGGACACAACAAGGAGCAUAUGAUCAAUCCUCCGUUUGAGUGUAAUGUUGGAACAUGUCUGUACUCCACCACGGAUAAGAGUAAUCUACUCCAGCAUAUGCGAGGACACACUGGACAGAAACCUUUUGAAUGUAAGAUUUGUAACUUCGGGUUCACCACAAAGGCAAACUGCGAAAGGCACGUAAAGAACAAACACAACAAGAACAACAAGGAUGAUGUUAGAGAGCAUAUUAUUAUCCAUGAGGGGGGAGAGGAUGAAUCUAACUCUGGAGAGAAGGAAUAUAGAAACAGUUCCUUUGAUCCUGAAUCCGCUCAGGGUCUUAUUUUCCCCCCUACACCCCCCAGAUCUUCAGCAUUCAUUCCAUACAGACCUUUCGAGGUUGAUCGUGACAUCGUGGACUCCGAGGAUGACUGCGAGGACGCUCCUCUAGACCUGAGUAAAGCUGCACCUAGAGCUGUAGAAGACUCUAGAAAAUAUUCUCAUGAUCUCAAGAUGGAAGCCAAAGAUGAACCGGUACAUCCUGCUCUAUCUGAUAAACUUGAUACAUCCCUUCCCUUCCCCCAUAAACCUUUCCCCUUCAACCUUCCCUUCCUUCAAGGGACUCCUCCGGGUCAUAUCUGGCCUCAUCAGUUUGGUUUAAACGCUCUAAACUCAUCCUUCCCAUUCAACCCAAUGCAUCUUGCUGCGCUUUUGGCGGCAAAAAACGAAGAAUUUAAAAAGCAAGCUGAAGCUAUUCAUGCCAAAGAAUCCGCAGCUGCGUUUCAAAACUUUAAUCAGAUUCAAGAUCUAGGUUCCCAUAAUCCUCUUCACAGUCAAAUCUCUCCAACCAACUCCUCCCUGUCAACUGUGAGUCCUCAGAGUAGUCCCCAGAAGCCAAGUCUAAACCCGGAGUCGGAUUCGUCCUACAAAAUGAUUAUAAAGAACGGAGUUCUCAUGCGGAAACAGAAACAGCGUCGGUAUAGAACAGAGAGACCCUACGGAUGUGAACAAUGCAAGGCAAGGUUUACUCUUCGCUCCAACAUGGAUCGUCAUAUGAAGCAGCAGCACCCGGAGGUUUAUUAUCAGAAACCUAGACCAGGACCGGGACGGAAACCUACAGUUCAAGGAGAUGAUUCUCAGAGUCAGGGUCUUAUCUCAGUCAAAACUGUAGAGCAACUUCAGGAGAGACAGAACGUGUUGAAGGACUCCUAUGAGACGGAGGAGGAGGAGGAGGAGGAGGACGGAUUCAUGGAGGACGAGGAGGAGCAGAACCUGAUUAUUGAUGAUAAGGAGAAGAUGAGAGCUGAACAUCAAACUUUCAGAAAUAUUUCUCAGUUCUUCACCAAUGAGAACCUUAGCAAGGAUGAUGUUGAGGUUGAAAGUGAGAGUUCUGUAGGAGAUGAGAAGAAGAUCUCCGCCUACUCCGCUGCUCCCCAGAGAAUGAACUGUCCCUACUGCCCCAGGAAGUUCCCCUGGGCCUCUUCCCUGGAGAGACAUAUCCUCACCCACACCGGACAGAAACCGUUCAAGUGUACAGAAUGUUCUCUUUGGUUUACAACCAAAUCCAACUGUGACAGACAUAUACUCAGGAAGCAUGGAAACAACAACCAUGAGAAGGAGGAUGAUAAUGAGGAGGAGGAGGAGGAGGAGGGGUUUCAUCUUCCUUUUGGAGUUGAGACCCUGAGACGGGACUCAACCUGCUCUGAUUCUCCGUAUAAAUGUCAUAUCUGUGAUGAGGGAUUUGCUGACCGAACCUCAGCCGUCUCACAUAUAGAAGAAUCUCACGAGGAGGAAUAUAAUUCCCUCAUGUCAAAGGGAGCAUUUGAACCCAAUGAGGAGCAGUACUCCCAGCAGCACCCAGAGUCCGGAGAAGAACUGUACGACCAUAUACGUGGCAAGUUCCCCGACUACGCCAACAGGAAGAUCAUUUGUCUCUUUUGUUCUAGAAAAUUUUGGUCCGCUGAAGAUCUCCGGAGACAUGUUCGAACCCACACCGGAGAACGUCCUUACUCCUGUGACAUCUGCAACCGGAAAUUUACUCUCAAGCAUUCAAUGCUCCGACAUAAGAAAAAACACGACUCCGGUGUCUCCAACAACGGAGAAGGUAGCGACGAUGAAACGAUCUCUAAUAACUCCAGCUCCGAGGACGGAUCUACUCCGGAUAUGCCUCCGACUGUUCUCCAGACCCAGGUGUUUGACAAGAAGAGAGCAAACCUCAUGGAGAAGAUAAACCGUCUUAACUCUGGAACCGAGUCCAAUCAGUAAAUCAAAUCUGUAAACAUAGUUGAAGUUUAAUUUAUUGUAAAUAUGUAGAUAUUUGAUAUAUUUUAUCAUUUUAAUAGAUCUUAGUUCAUUUCACCUUAUCAUAUUAUUAAUAAAGAUAUAUUUAAUUUUAAAA